AUGAUAUCGGCGGUCAAUGCGAAUCCCCAAUGUUACAUAUACAUCGUCGGAGCCUUUGCAGCCGUGUGCGUCACUUGCGACCUGGCCCUCUCGUGCCUGAGCCAGACCUCUGGCAGCAUGGUGGCGUUCUCGGCCAUGCUGUUUCUCCUUGGCUUUGCGGCCCAGGCGCAAGAGGAGCUGCAGGCCCGGUGUGCCAAACCGUCUCCGCCGAGAGAGCUCCAUCGGGGCAGGAGCGCUGCCAGCGAGUGCGAGGGCCGGACCGGGCAGCCGGCCGCCAGGGGCAGAGGCGGCUGCGCCGCGGCACCCGCGGCGCGGCCCACAGCUGAGCGCGGGCCCCGCCGGGCGGGCCAGGCCGUGGAGCCCCAGCCCGAGCCUCCCGAGAGGCCGCGGCACAUCCCGUGGUUUGUCCGUCGUGGCCUCGCGGGCGCGCAGGUCACCGCAGAGGGCGAGGACACCCCGCAGGGGCCGGCGCCGAGCCGGGCCAUGCGCCAGCGCACGGCCGCCGACGCCUCAGCCUCCGCGAGGAAAGGCGGGCAGGCGGGCCAGUCCCCCACGGAUUCGACGAUCGGCCAGCAGCUAUCGACGCGGAGCUCGGCCGUGCGCCUGCGCACAACAGCCGAUGCCGCAGCCUCAGCGAGCGAAGGCGAGAAGGCGGGCCCUUCCUCGACGUCCUCAACGGAAUUCCAGAGCGACGCGGCCUGCGACGCGGAGGAGGCGUCCACAGAUAGGCGGCCGGAAGAAAUACCAACGGCCACCGAGCGCACGCCUUUGAGCAGAGAGGCGCCGACGUUCGUUCCGAGGACGUUUGAGGAUCCGUUGCGGAUGCUGCUUGACGCGUCGGCGUGGUGCAGGCAGGACCUCUACGCGCCCCGCCAGUACGGUCAGUUCCCGCAGAUCGCAGCGCAGCAGAUGGACCCUCACCCGGUGGGCCAAUACGAUCUGUUCCCGCACAUCGCCGCGCAGCAAGUGGACACCUGCGACCUGGCCCAGAACGAUCACUUCCCGCAGAUCGCAGCGCACCAGAUGGACCCUUGCGCUCUGGGCCAGUACGGUCAGUUCCCGCAGAUCGCAGCGCAGCUGAUGGGAGGCCCUCAAGACGAGUGCACGACGGUCAUGUUGCGCAACUUGCCAUGCCCCUUCCUCCGCGAAGAUUUGAUCAAAGCGAUGGACGCGAAAGGUUUUGCGGGGCUGUAUAAUUUCGUCUACAUGCCCAUCGAUUUCCAGACCGCUAUGGGCAUGGGGUAUGCGUUUGUCAAUCUUAUACCGGGAUUUCCGCAGAAGAGAUGCAGCGUUUCACGCUUUCCUUCACGGGAUUCAAGAAUUGGCCUCUCCCGUCGUCGAAGGUCUGUGUUGUCGCUCUGUCUCGGACGCAGGGCCUGGACGCAAACAUCGCUCGGUAUCGGAACAGCCCUGUCAAUGGCGACGGGGUUCCUGAGCGGUUCAAGCCGGUGCUCUUCAACGGAACAGAGCGGAUUCUUUUCCCAGGGCCCACGGGUGAAUAUUGGCCGUAAUCGGACAGCAUGCUCGACAUGCAUGUUCGUAUACACGUCAAAGCCAUAUGAGCUGACGCUACUUCGUCAGGGGCUGAUAGCGGAAUUCGUGGCGCGUGUAUAUAGUUCGGUGGCCACGUUUUCUGAUGGGCCCCACAGGGACAGGGCGGCACCAGUUGCAUUACCCGCCUGCGUUGUCGUAGGAGCCGCGGGCGUCUCGCGUUUAUUUCUUUGA